GACAGGAGAGGAGCUAAGGCUAAGCAUGACAAUCACUCCCUCACUCUCCGGUGUGCGAUGUGGUUCGAUUCCAGGAGAGGGGCUGCUUAUAAUUCUCUCAUUGCCUUUGCUUUCUCUUCCACAUUGUCUGCAGCUUUAAUGCAUGGUAUAAAAAGGGACGACCAUACAAGGAAUAGAAAUGCCUAAGACUCAAAAGUUUCCUUUCACAAGACCUCUGACACCAAAGAACUCGAUUAUACUUAAGGUUUGGUUGUGCAUUUGAGAGAGAGGGCGAGAGAAUCCAAGGGACAGAGAGAGGCAUCCAUAAUCAAGCUGGAGAGCAACAGUGAGAGGGAAAGGGAGAAAGCAAUGUGUCUAUCUUGCAACUUCGGCGACCAUCAUCACAAUUGAAUACGAAUUUGAAAAACCACAGCGCUGCAACUAAUCUGUCUUCUGAGAAAGGGGAGGCAGUAAGCGAAGGUCAGAGACGUAUUAUUUAUUUUAUUUUUAACACUACUGAAAAGCCAUAUACAGUAUUGUUCUACAAUAUUACUGUGCUAUUAUUUAUACAAACCCUGUCAAUAGUCUGAUGUUUUAUGAAUCAGGCCUAGUUUUCCUGAGCUAUUCCAAUGGCCUGAACUUUAGGUUCAGUCCCCAACUGCCUUAUCUUGACCCUUUUCUUUGAUGAUGUAAACACUAUCAUCUCCCUGCCUGCCUUACAUUUCCCUCCUACUGAAGCCAAUGCACAAACAAACUGACAGACUGGAAAUGGAGGCAAGCCAACCCGGUUGUUGAGGCCUUCAGUUCGGAUGAUUAGAUCGGAUAUACCUAUACUUUUCCUCCUGAUCCGGAAAAAGGCCCAGAAAUAGCCCUCAAGUACCUAGACACACUCCGUACCUUUACCCACCAUCCCGUCUUACUCCUGAAACAAAAGCUACUAAACAAAAAUGGCUGCUGGAGUUGCAACAUGGAUGCCCUUUGCUCGGGCAGCAGCCGUAGGCUGGCUACCACUGGCCCAAAAGACCAUGCCCAAGCCUCCUGUGGACAAAAAGAGUCGCAGUGAUGAGAUCUUGUUUGUAAAUGUGAGUGGACUACGCUUUCAGACAUGGAAGAACACCUUGGACCGUUACCCAGACACCCUUCUAGGCAGCUCAGAAAAGGAGUUUUUCUACAAUGAGGAAACUCAGGAAUAUUUCUUUGACAGGGAUCCAGAGAUGUUCCGCCAUAUACUAAACUUUUUUCGAACAGGCAAGCUACAUUACCCCCGACAUGAAUGCAUUCAGGCUUUUGAGGAAGAGCUGGCUUUCUAUGGCAUAAUACCGGAGAUCAUAGGUGACUGCUGUAUGGAAGAGUACCGGGAUCGCAAGAAGGAGAACCAGGAGCGUUUGGCUGAGGACACCGAGGCCGAGAAUGCCGGAGACGCUCCCCUGCCCCCAGACGCCACAUUACGAGAGAGGCUAUGGAGGGCCUUUGAGAACCCUCACACAAGCACCAUGGCCUUGGUUUUUUACUACGUCACUGGCUUCUUCAUCGCUGUGUCUGUUAUUGCCAACGUUGUGGAAACAGUUCCCUGCCGACCAAUCAAAGGGAGUAUAAAGGACCUGCCAUGUGGUGAGAAGUUUUCAGUGGCCUUCUCUUGUUUGGACACGGCCUGUGUGCUUAUCUUCUCCUUUGAGUACCUCAUGAGACUGUAUGCUGCCCCCAGCCGCUGUGAUUUUGCGCGUUCGGUGAUGAGCGUGAUAGACGUGGUGGCCAUCUUGCCCUUCUACAUUGGCCUUGUCAUGCCAGAGAAUGAGGAAGUCAGUGGGGCCUUUGUCACCCUGCGAGUCUUCCGGGUGUUCCGUAUCUUCAAGUUCUCCCGUCACUCUCAGGGCCUGCGUAUCCUGGGCUGCACGCUGCAAGCCUGCGCCUCGGAGCUGGGCUUCCUCCUCUUCUCCCUCACCAUGGCCGUCAUCAUCUUUGCCACCGUCAUGUUCUACGCUGAGAAAGGCACCAAGGGAACCACGUUUUCCAGCAUCCCUGCCUCCUUCUGGUACACCAUCGUCACCAUGACAACACUGGGGUAA